GUAUUGUUACAAAGAAAACAAAAUGUAAAUUGCUUAAAAUGGUGUGCUAGUGUUUUGUUAUAAAUCAGUUGAUUUCUUGUAUAAAUUACUUAAACUUCCAUUAAAUCGUACGUUUAAAUGAUCAUUAACGAUAGAAACGUGAUUAUAUUGCUUUGAAAGAUUAUUUCUUGUAUUUUUUCUAAAAAUAUGUUGAAAAACAUCUGUGACGUCACGAUUCCAAUCAGCUGAGGCAAUUGGUGGAGGGAGGGUAUAACGUGAUAGUGAACAAAACAAACAACCAGGAUGGGGGGUGCUGUGAGCUCAGGCCGGGAUAACAACGAGCUGAUUGACAAUUUGAUGGGAGGGAACUACAUCCGAACACGGAGCGUGGAGAGGGUAUUUCGCGCAUUGGACCGCGCCGAAUACAUGACACCGGAGACGCGGGACCAGGCAUACAAGGAUCUUGCUUGGCGGAAUGGGCCGUUGCAUUUGUCUGCCCCCUGUAUAUACAGUGAAGUCAUGGAAAACUUGAAACUGAAACCUGGGUUAUCAUUUCUAAAUAUUGGUUCUGGCACUGGGUAUCUAAGUACCUUGGUGGGACUAAUACUAGGGUCUAGUGGAAUUAGCCAUGGCGUGGAAGUCCGCCCCUUUGUAGUGGAUUAUGCUAAUAAGAAACUUAGUCAGUUUAUGGAAAAUUCUCCAGUAUUGGAUGAAUUUGACUUCUGUGAGCCGAAAUUUUAUGUUGGUAAUGGACUGUGCCUGGCGCCACUUCAGACUCCUUAUGACCGUGUGUACUGCGGCGCAGGCUGCCCUGUCGAGUACGAGAACUAUUUCAAACAACUUAUAAAGGUCGGAGGUAUCCUUGUGAUGCCGCUUAAUGACAAUUUGGUGCAAAUGCAACGCGUCUCGGAGACUGAAUGGAACUGUCGCAUGCUGCUCAACGUGUCGUUCGCGCCUCUCCGGGAGCCCGCCAAGAACGAGACCCAGGAACUUAUCAGACUUGAGGAGCAGAAGCCGGCGCGGCUGCAGGCGCUGGCUCGCGCGGCGGUGCGCGGCGCCAUGCGCGCGGCGCUGCAGCGGCGCCGGCCCGAGCUGCGGCCGCCGGCCCGCGCGCCGCCGCGCGCCGCCUGCCCGCGCCGCAUCUGCAUCCCCGUCGAGGACGACAGCGACCUCGAAGGCCUAAACGUCCUGCACGACUUGGACCGUAACAGUGGCGCCAACGAGAUGAACGCGCUCCUGAGCCUUGUGCUGAGCAUGGGACAGAACCGCGUCGCUGGAGCGCUACGCUUCGAUACUGGCGACACGUCAUCGGACUCGUCGAGCGAUGAUGACGAGCAGGGCCACGACGACGAUGACGACAACGACGACGAUGACGACGGCAACGCUGGUAAUCACAGCCAACAAGCCCUCGAUCUGUCUGCAAAUGAUGAAGAGGAGAACCGAGAUAAUCCGCCAAGAGCCAGCCAUAGUCGGGGCUUGCUUACAUUUGAAUUUCAUAAUAUGAUUACUCCCGGUAGUAAUGACGUCACAGACUCGGCACCGCGCUCACCGCCACCUGAUAAUGCUACCAGUGCUCAAAAGUCAGUCGAAACAGAUAGGGCUCAAGACAAAACGACAACCAAAUCGGAGGACCGCGGUGAUAGUAGUGAUAAUCCAAACGUACCGGCCGAAGUCGAGAUUUACUUGGGCAAAACAAGCGAGGCCGCUGCAAGUACGUCCAAAGAAGGGGAAAUGGAGUGGGAGGAAAGUGUUGGAGCCACCAGGGAGUCAUUCAGCGAUGAGGAAACCACCGAGGAGGGUACAAAAUCGAAGGAGGAGAAGCGACAGAAGUUGGACAGUGGUAUCGGAGAGAAUACCCCAACGAGCUCGUCGCCAGCCAAGACUGAUACAAAGACGGACGAAUCGGACGCGGACGGCUCGCACCACUCCGACAGUCUCACGGACGACAUCGAUGACGACACGUUUACAGGUCGCAGGCGCCUGCAGAAGCGGUCCCGCGGCAGCCCGGACGCGCGCUCGUCGUCUGGCGAGCCGUGCUCGGAGCCCGAGGCGGAGGGUGCGCCGCGCCGCCGCCGCAAGCGCCGCCCGCCGCCGCCCCGCGCCCCCCGCGCCGCCCGCGCCACCCGCGCCGCCCGCGCCGCCCGCGGCAACCGCGCCCCGCGGCCCCCCCACCACGCGGACGACGCGCGCCGCGUGCAGCUGUCGCUGUGCAUGAAGCGCGCCGUCAAGGAGCUGCCGCUGCCGUACGCGCUCAAGAAGUACGUCAACCUGCAGCGCUGCUUCGAGUUCUAAUUCCGAGGGAGCCGGUGCGCUGCGCGGCCUGUACUUUGACUGAAAGCGCUAUAUCGACGAGCUGAGCGAGUCUAUCGAUCGAAUCGUUGCCGCCAACGAGCGCUCGAGGUACACCGGGGCGGCGACGACCAGUGUGUUGUUCCUUCUGAAGCGAGCGCUCCCGUAACGAUGCCGUGGAUAGAUUCGUUCGCCGCUCGUCUAUGGAGGCCGGGUAGACUGCCUGUCGGACGCACACGAGACGACGUAUCCGAAGAUGAGUCGUGUUUUAUCUCUUAAUAUUAGACCCUUCUUUCCGGGCGUGGCCGAGUAGAUUCUUUUUAUGAAACGAAUUUAAUUGUAAGUUUAGUUAAUAAUUCAUUUUGCUUCUUUCCCUUGAAUAGAAAUCGUUAAAUAUUUUUCUAAAAUAAUAAUAUUAAUUAUUAAGGUACUUUUCUCGCAUGAUUUGUAAAUAUACGAUGUCUAAUGAUAGAGUCUUAGUUGAUAAAUAUAUAUCUUUGUAACUGUAAAAACAUUGUUAGAUAAUAUCUUCGGAUCUGUCCUAUAAUUACUUGAAAUCUUGUACUCAAACUUUUCCUCUCGUUCGUACGUCUAUCGCCAAUAAUGGUAUGGUAUAGCACUUAUGGUCAAGAUAUGGUAUCUUGUUCCUGUGGAUUUGUAAAUAUUUAAGGUUAGUUGAAGAUUCGUGAUCUACCAGAGGAGGUCCUUACAAAGCGGGAAAGAGAUAAAGGAAUCCUUAUGUUUUUGUUGUUGCAUAUUAUGGAUCGUGGCCUGUUCGUUGUACUGUAGAGUUUUAAGUCUGAACCGACGGUAAGUCAUCCGUUGCUAAGUGUCCGGCGUCCGUUUUCUACUAUAAUACUCGUUUACGAAUGACAAUUUUAUAAUAUACUCAGUAGAUGCAGUAAUGUUGGCCACUUAGCAGGUGCGUGACCUUUGCAUUAUAUAUUUCUCCAACGCCCAUUUUACGUUUAACAGCGUGUUGUAAAUGAGUUUUUGUUACGAGUAAUAAUGUCGUUAUAACAUAAUUAAAAUGAUUUUAUCUAUAAAAUA